AUGCCCAAAUACGCCAAGUUCCUUAAGGAUUUUCUCAAGCGUAAGGAUAGGUUAGGUGAGUGUUCUAAUACUCCAUUGAAUGGAGAUUGUUCUGCGGUGAUCUUAGACAAACUUCUUGAGAAACUCACUGAUCCGGGCAUAUUCACGAUCCCAUGUUUGUUUGGUGGUGAUGUUAAAAACCACGCGUUGGCAGACCUUGGUGCUAGUAUUAAUUUGAUGCCAUAUUCAUUUUACGAAAAACUAGGCCUUGGUGAUUUGAAGCCAACUCGUAUGACCCUCUCGUUAGCAGAUAAGACAGUUAAGUACCCUAGGGGGAUUGUAGAGAAUUUGUUAGUGAAAGUGGACAAUUGUCAACGAUUUCAUGCGCAACGCCCUCGUAGUGAUUUCAAAACAUUAACUAUUAUCGAAACAACUAGGAGGAACAUCAAUGAUCAAUACAAAGAAAUAGACAACCACAUUGAAAUAGAAUAA